GAACGUAAAACCAAGAUUGAAACCAUGAGCUAUAUUGUGUGCUAAUCGGAGAACGUGGGAGAUGAAAUGCUAGAAAAUUCAUUGCCACUUCUUUAAUGUUCGUCGCUAACAAUCCCGCGGAAGAACCACCGGAGCCCUUUUAAUUCCCAAAAUUGCUGGAGAUGAAUCAGAUUCAACAUCAACCCCAUCCCAACCAUGCCUCUGUAGCCAGCUGAGCGCCUCUCGUAUUCCCAUCAAUUCGCCCCCCAAAGGAGACAGCCUGCCCACCCACGGCAAGGAUGCAGCUGCUACAAACCUUCCUCCGUCGUCUCUAAGACUUCAGCCAAGACCUCAACGAUCUCCCCGGACAGGUGCGUCAACGUUCAGCUUUAAUCGCCCCGAAGCAGGUCGCUUCCAAGCCCGAAACGUGGGCUGCACUGGAGUACGAAGCAUACCCCCAGGAAGUUGAACUUGGACCCAACUGGUGACCAGAGUUUCUGCCUUGUGCAUAAACUGAUGUGCCUGUGUACCAACGCCCUUCCAUACUCUCUGAUUUCGUUCACACACCAGAUUCCCCAACAGCCCCAAAUCAAUUUCGCCAAAUCUUCCGUUUUCCUCACCUGAAAUUCACGCCGAGUCUGCUCCAGGCAACAACUAGCUGAUAGAUGACGUUUUCAUAAAGCAUAAGCAAGGCAUCCAGAUUCUUGGUCAUUCCCCCUCUUAAGGAAUUGAACAAGGGAUUAAACCAAAACCAAAACAACAAGGAAAAGAAAAAUUGGAGGAAAUUGGGUUCAGUAUCCACACUUUCUUUUAGCAGCUGUGUAAUUCAGAAGUUCCGCCGAGCGGAGGGAGGGAGGUUGAAGCAAGAUCGAGCAACUGAUAAGAUGAGAUUGGGCGGCAGAUCAGGCGGAGCAACUGCCGGAAAGCCCAGAACAGCGAAGUUGGUGUUUGUAUGCGUGGGGCUGUUGGGGGCAGCUCUCAUAGCAGAUCUGCUUUGGGCUUCAUCUUCCUCUAACUGGGCUGUCCGGGAUUCCAUUAAUGUCAUCUUCCCAAAUCAGACCAACCUUCUACCCAAGGGAUCAACCGAGAAGGGUAAAAAAGAUGUUACUAAAGAGAGGAAAUUAUCCGCUACUUUUGCAGAUUUGCCAGCCCCCGAGUUGAAGUGGGAGAAGAUGGCUUCUGCACCCGUGCCUCGUCUCGAUGGUGCUGCCAUACAGAUCAAGAACCUUCUUUAUGUCUUCGCUGGAUAUGGAACCAUUGAUUUUGUCCAUUCUCAUGUUGAUAUAUACAAUUUCACAGAUAACACAUGGGGAGGGAGGUUUGAUAUGCCCCAAAAAAUGGCCCAUUCACAUUUGGGUAUGGUAACAGAUGGGAGAUAUAUCUAUGUUGUCAAUGGACAAUAUGGUCCCCAGUGUAGAGGCCCUACAGCUCACACAUUUGUGCUAGACACUGAUACGAAGAAAUGGCAGAACAUGCCUCCUCUGCCAGUCCCAAGAUAUGCACCUGCCACAACACUUUGGGGUGGUAGGCUUCAUGUCAUGGGUGGGAGCAAAGAGAACCGAUAUACUCCCGGAUUAGAGCAUUGGAGUAUUGCAGUUAAAGAUGGGAAAGCAUUAGAAACCGAAUGGCGCCCUGAGACACCCAUUCCUCGUGGCGGUCCCCAUAGAGCCUGUGUUGUGUUUGAAGAUCGGCUUUAUGUUAUUGGUGGUCAAGAAGGCGACUUUAUGGCCAAACCAGGAUCACCUAUUUUCAAAUGCUCACGUAGAAAUGAGGUUGUGUAUGGUGAUGUAUACAUGCUAGAUGAUGAUAUGAAGUGGAAGGUGUUGCCUUCAAUGCCUAAACCAGAUUCCCAUAUUGAGUUUGCCUGGACAAUAGUUAACAGAUCACUUUUCAUCGUCGGAGGAACAACCGAGAAACACCCAGAAACCAAAAGGAUGAUACUUGUUGGAGAAGUGUUUAGGUUUCAAUUCGACACACAGAAAUGGGAGGUGGUUGGGAAAUUGCCUUAUCGUGUGAAAACCACUCUUGUCGGAUUCUGGGAUGGGUGGUUAUAUUAUACAUCUGGACAACGAGACCGAGGGCCGGAAGAUCCUGCCCCAAAAAAGGUUUUGGGAGAGAUGUGGAGAACUAAGUUGAAUUUAUGAACCUUUAUCAAAAUAUUCACAAUUUGAGGAAGAAAUCAGUUUCAAUUUUGAGAGUUUUUUUAUUAUUAGGAUUUCCCCUUACUGUGUGGGUAUGUAAAUCUUUAUGAACUUGUGACUUUGAAUAGGUAAAAAGUUGCAAGUUCAGUUUGAAUCUCAGAUAUACAAACUAAAAAAAAUAUAAAGAUCAGAUGAUCGGUGUAGUUAUUGUGUGCCGGUUUUUUGUGUUAUGUUAUAUUUUUGUGAGAUGAAAGUUUGACACUCAACAGUAG